AACCUUUAACAUAAAUACCAGUUCGCCAGUGGUAGAUGAUAACGUCGGACAGGCCGACAGAAUAUGGAGCGUUGGGUUGGACGGGUAGCGCUGGUGACCGGGGCUUCGGUUGGGAUAGGGGCCGCAAUUACAAGAGCUCUUGUUAAGCAUGGAAUGAAAGUAGUUGGCUGUGCGAGAAACGUCCAACAAAUUGAGGCAAUAAAAAACGAGUUGAAAUCAGAAAAAGGACAGCUUAUUCCAGUGAAAUGUGAUCUUACGAAAGAGGAGGAGAUUCUUUCGAUGUUUGGGCGGAUCCAGGACGAAUUAGGCGGUGUGGAUGUUUGUAUUAACAACGCUGGAUUGGCACAUAACUCGCCUCUUCUGUCUGGCAGUACUGCGGACUGGCGGAAUAUGCUAGAUGUGAAUGUUUUGGCUCUUUGUAUUUGUACCAAAGAAGCUUUUCAACAAAUGCAGAAAAAUAAAGUAGACGAUGGUCAUAUUUUUCUGAUUAAUAGCAUGUCUGGACAUCGUGUGAUUCGAAAUCCCGGCGGACAUUUUUAUUCGGCCACAAAAUAUGCCGUGUCUGGACUAUUAGAAGGAAUAAGAAACGAACUCACGCAACUGGAAACCCACAUACGUGUUACGGCUAUUAGCCCUGGGAUGGUGAAAACGGAGUUUGAAAUAAGACGAACAAAAAGUAAAGAAGAAGGGGAGAAAAUUUAUGCAGAGUAUAAGUCUGUGAGUCCCGGUUUAGUAGCCACGGAAUUCCAGCAAAGAAUGCACAAAAGCGAGGAGAAGGGAAAGGCUAUUUGCAGCCACUUCAAGUGUUUGGAGGCGGAUGACCUAGCGGACGCAGUUUUAUAUGCACUGAGUGCACCACCACACGUACAAAUUCAUGAUAUCUUACUGCGACCCACGGAGCAGAUGUCCUAACCGUGGGUAGGAAGUCAGGAGACCAAUACUUCAAAAUGCUACAGAGUAUUUUGACUGAUGCAUUUCUUUUGUUCAUGCAAUUGUAUAUCAGCAUGCUCUAGAUCUGCUGGUUGUGUUGUUAAAGCCAUAUGUCUAUUAUCGGUGAUUGUAUUACGUUAGAUGAAGUUACUUAUAGACCCAAAAAUGUAAAAUGAAAAAAUUGCUGGAUUUUAAUG